AUGGCGACGGUUCACUCAUCGAGCGAGGAUGAUUUCAACACCACCAAUCAGGACAACUCGAGCAGUUGUGUUGCCUGCGAUCGUCCGGAUUCAGCGGACAAUAUGGUGGCCUGUGAUCAGUGCAAUUGCUGGUGGCAUCUUUCAUGCGCUGGUGUUAGCGCUGGCGUUUCAAAUAGGCCAUGGACUUGCAGCAAGUGCCUUCCUCUUCCGACGAAAACGAUGUCAGCGCGGACUUCAUCUUCCGUCCGAAAAGCAAAGCUCAAUUUAGAGCUAAAGCACCUGGAGGAAGAAAAGGAGAUCGAGAAAAGGAUCAAAAAGGCCUAUGUUAAGGAGCGCUACCGGAUCAUCGAGGAAUCCCUCAUUGAAGAGGAAGAUGAACAACAUAGUGUUCAUUCUCGGCAGCAUGCGAACCCUGCCGAAAAGUCUGAGCGUGUGACGGAGUGGGUAGCGAGCCAAGCUGGCCCCGAAUUGUUGGGCGCAGAGGGAGGAACAAUCCUCCGAGAAUCGUCAGCAAGAUUACCACUUCCGGAAGAAGCUGCGAAUGAAUUUCCAGAACGGCUAGAGCUAAUUGCAGACGCAAUCAGGAAAUUGCAACAACAGCUGCGCGACUGUCAGCAACACCAGCAGCCGUCAGCAGAUAAGUUAAGCGAGCUUGAGAAUCAGCUCCAACUGUGUCAGCGGGGAUUGAAAGGUGUUCGAGCUUGGCCGGAAGAAUCAAUCCGACUUCCGAAACCAUUUCCGGAAGCAUUGGGUGAUGGUCCUACACAUCCGACAGGAACGAUUCCGAAGAGCAAGCGUGUUGUUGCCCAACCCAGUCAGCAGAAGCCAUCCAUGCAAGCGGAUAGAAGGCAACCAACGAUAGAACCGGAAAGUGUUGCGCCGGAACUGAUGUUCAGACCUGAGGCUGUUCCGACAUCGUUAACUGUCGAGGAGCCAGUGCAAGUGCCGCAGAGACGGCAGCUGUUGCCGCCACAAUCAACGAGGCAAAUUGAUAGGGGAGUUCCAGGCAAUCCGAGGCCACUUGGGCCAACUCAAGAGCAGCGUACAGCGCGCCAAGUCUUCUCGGGGGAUUUGCCAACGUUUUCCGGAAAUCCCGCCGACUGGCCUGUUUUUAUUAGCCACUACCAGUACACCACAGAAGCCUGUGGUUUCAACAACGGCGAGAACAUGAUUCGCCUUCAACGAUGCCUGAAGGGUUCGGCAUGGGAGUCGGUUCGUAACAGGCUUAUACAUCCGGGAUCCGUGCCAGCAGCCAUCAAAAUGCUGGAGAAGCGUUACGGUCGACCGGAUUUGAUCAUCGAGACCUUAUUUGAGAAGGUUAGAUCCACACCCCCGCCGAAGGCUGAUAGACUCAACACUAUCAUCGACUUCGGGACACAAGUGCAGGGUCUCUGCGAACACUUGGAAGCCGCGGAUUUCAACGAUCAUCUGAACAAUCCCUCGCUGCUAAAGGAGUUGGUGAGAAAGCUCCCGACCGAAUACCAAAUGCUUUGGGGAAGAUACAUCAGAACGGUCGAGGCCCUGGACUUACGAACGUUCGGGACCUUCAUGGAUAAAACUGUCGACGAUGCAUACGCCGUGACGUCGUACACCGGCGAAUCGAAAGCCAGGCAGUCGAAGCCUGAAAGAUCCAAGCUGGACCGGAGUUUUGUGCACAGUGACGUCGCGGGAAAGUUCGAGAAGCCGAAGGAGCGGAGUAGCUGCCAAGGUGCAGCGGAGUUUAGAAAACGAGUUUUGACUUGUGCCGUGUGCCAGAAAGAGGGGCAUAAGUCCAGAGAAUGUCGAUCGUUCCAGAAGAUGACCGUCGACGACAGAUGUCAUGGGACUCGUUCGUGUAGAAACAACACUCGCUGCGGCGUGGAUGGAUGCGAUGCGCGUCAUCACGCACUUCUUCAUUCGGCGGAGAAACCAAAGGCAUCCUACAGCUCUGGUCCGAAUCCGAUAUCGAACUACGUUGUGCAUCACGUUCACCAGUCGUCGUUUCCAUCUUUACUGUACCGUGUUAUUCCAAUCACGCUCCACAACGGUAGUUUAUCCGUCGAUGCAUUUGCCUUCAUCGACGAAGGGUCUUCGAUAACAAUGCUGGAAAAGAGUCUGGCAGAAAAACUUCAACUAAACGGGCACUCCCACCCGUUGUGCUUGCAGUGGACAUCCAAUGUGACGCGGAUCGAGAACGAUUCGAAACGAGUGACGUUCGAGAUUUCCGGCAUCAAUAAAUCAAAGCGGUACAAGGUUUCAAACGUCGGAACAACCAAUUCCCUGAACUUACCAACACAGAGUUUGCCGUUCGAAGAACUCAAGUCACGUUUUAGUCAUCUUCGAGGAAUUCCGGUGGAUGGUUACGAGAAUGCCAGUCCGCAACUUCUCAUAGGAGUUGACAAUCUACGUUUGGUGGUUCCGCUCAAAGCGCGAGAGGGCGAAGUAGGAGAUCCAACUGCGGUACGCACCCGCCUGGGCUGGUGUGUACGAUGCAGUGAAGCUUAUCUGACGCUCGACGAAGUUGGAUCGAAAGUGUUCACGCCAGUGCUGAGUGACGAAGACACUCGAGCAACGAAAAUUAUAGAGGAGACUACAAAAAGAGUGGGCGAUCGUUAUGAGUCCGGCCUGCUUUGGAAGUACGACUUCGUAGAGUUUCCAGACAGCUAUCCAAUGUGUCUGAGAAGACUCCAAUGUCUCGAAACAAGAAUGGGAAAAGAACCGGCGAUGCGGGACAACAUAGUGCGUCAGAUCGAGGAAUAUCAGCAGAAAGGCUACUGCCAUCGAGCGACUCCGGAUGAGCUGCAACAGGCUGACCCCCGACGCACAUGGUACCUCCCCCUCGGCGCGGUCACCAAUCCCAAGAAACCCGGUAAGGUGCGGCUCAUCUGGGACGCUGCAGCCAAAGUCGACGGGGUGUCCUUAAACGCGAUGCUAUUGAAAGGGCCCGACCAGUUGACAUCUUUGCCUGCUGUAUUAUUUCGGUUCCGCCAGUAUCCGGUGGCAGUUUGUGGAGACAUCCGGGAGAUGUACCACCAGAUCCUGAUUCGUGAAGCUGAUCGAAGCGCUCAAAGGUUCCUGUGGCGGUCGGAUCCGAACCAGCAGCCAAAAGUUUUCGUCAUGGACGUGGCAACGUUUGGGUCGACCAGUUCACCAGCGACGGCCCAAUACGUUAAGAAUAUCAACGCCCGCCUGUUCGCCGAUCAGCUUAGCUUGUACAUCAGUUCAUCAGUGAUGUGCCCAACUAAGGGAGAAAACUCCGAACGUGUGCUUGGUAUUUUGUGGGAUACGGAACACGAUGAGCUGCGGUUCCCAACGAAGAUGCGGGAAGACAUGGUGAAGUUAAUCACUACACAGGAGAAACCAACGAAGCGACAGAUACUCCGGUGUGUGAUGACAAUGUUCGAUCCACUGGGUCUUCUAGCACCGUAUCUGAUCUUUGGCAAGCUCAUUAUCCAGGAAGCCUGGCGCAAAGAGCUCGGCUGGGACGAACCGGUGGACGAUGAAACGCACCAACAGUGGCUGAAAUGGGUCCAAAUGCUUGAACACAUCAACGAUAUCGGCAUCCAGCGAUGCUAUUUCCGAGAGGCGAUCAACGAGGUCGAAGUUCACACAUUUGUGGACGCCAGUGAGAUUGCAUAUUCCUGUGUGACGUAUUUUCGCUCAACGAACGCUGCCGGAGAAGUAAAGGUUGCGCUGGUAGGCGCGAAGUCCAAAGUUGCACCCCUGAAGGCGUGGUCGAUACCGCGCUUAGAGCUGCAAGCGUGUGUGUUAGGUGCACGUCAUAUGCGAAGUUUCAUCGAGGGACAUUCGUUGCAGAUCAAGAAGCGAGUGUUGUGGUCCGAUUCCGGAACAGCGCUGAGCUGGAUCAACGGAGAUCCCCGAAAGUUUAAUAGAUUUGUAUCGUUCCGAAUCUGCGAGAUCUUGCGGAGCUAA